GAGUGUCGCCAAGCAGUUUCCGCUUUCCGGACCCACGGGAUCCCGCAGAGGCAGCGUCUCGGUGUGGAGGAGGUUCCAACUCGCCCUCUGCUGACGUGGUUGUGCCCUCACCCCGCGGGGGAGGGGGGAGGAGACAGCGAAACCUCAGAGAGCGUCACUCGUGUUGUUCAUACACCUUCAGCAAAGGUGCAGCGAGGAUCCACAUCAACCAGCAGCCAAGGCGAAGCACCACCUGAGAAAUGCAAAGCCUUCCCAAGCCUCCGUUCGCCAGCUGGCUCAUCGAGCAGGUGGAGACGGGCCAGUACACGGGCCUCCGCUACGAAGCCCAGAACCAGUUCAGAGUCCCCUGGAAGCACAACUCCCGAAAGGACUGCAAUGAUGAAGACAAUGGAAUAUUCAGAGCAUGGGCGGUAGCAAGUGGAAAAAUCCACGAGUUCCCCAACGACAAGGCCAGGUGGAAAACCAACUUCCGAUGCGCUCUGAACAACCUCGAUAGGCGCUUCAAGAUGAUCAAGGAUAAUUCCAAGAAUUCGGAGGACCCUCAUAAGAUCUAUGAGAUCAUCAACACUGAGUACAACUAUGAAAGUCAGCCGACACAAGAGUCCCCGGAGGAUUCUGACAUGAGUCCCGAUAUCUACAGCUUCCCCAUAGAAGGCUUCCCCUUAGGAGACGAGCUUCUUCUGCUUAACAAUUUAAUGGCCUUGGACCUCGGAAACCAGGCAUCGGUAGAGGACUAUGGCCGCUACCCCGUAGCAGCUGAGAACCAUCUGCAGCCUUUACCAGAUCAGCCUUCUUACUGUGAGGUAAAUCCUCCUGCAGUCCUAAGUUCACCUCCGCAGCAGCCUAGUAUAUUUGACCUGGAGGUCUCCAUCCACUACAGGAAAAGGGAAAUGCUAAAGGUCACAUUGACCACUGCCCUUCUCCAGCUCCACUACCAGCAGGAGAGCCCUGAGCCCAACGCCCAUCGCCUCUGCUUUCCCUCCACAGACGGCCUGCUGGACCAAAAACAGGUUGAGUUCACGAACCGCAUCCUCAACAGCAUCCAGAGGGGUCUAUUCCUGGAGGUGCAGGACACUGGUAUUUAUGCCUGGAGACAGGACAGGUGCCACGUGUUUGCCAGCACCAGUGACCCCAGUGUGGCUCACCCAGAGCCCAGCAAGCUGCUUCAGAACACCAGGGUGGAGCUCCUCAGCUUUCAGAAGUAUGUAGAUGAACUGAAGCAGUUUAAAGACAACAACGGCGGCUCUCCUGAGUACACCAUCAACAUGUGCUUCGGAGAGAAGUUCCCCGAUGGAAAACCUUUGGAGAAGAAGCUCAUCGUAGUCAAGGUGGUCCCUCUGAUCUGUCGACACUUCCACGAGGUGGCCCAGAUGGAAGGAGCCUCGUCUCUUCACAGCGCCAACGUCAGCCUGCAGAUUUCACACAACAGCCUGUAUGACCUCAUCAGCUCGGUCUUUGGUCUGCCGACGGACGUCGAAGAGUCGGCGCGGCCAGCAGCACCGUUACUACCUCGGUCCUGAGUUUGGGCGUCUCGCGGUCUCCUGAAGGCGACUCUAUCAACAACCUGUAGGGCCACAGCCUGCACUUACCGUAAGCUUUAGCUAGAAAGUGGACAGAAUGAAUUUGGUAGCUUAAUGGGCCACGUUUAUCCAGCCUCCUUCUUGGGAUUCUCAUCUUUUGACAGUCACUAACUUAAAGGAAGAAAAGUGACUUUUUAUCACUACAUUAAUAGAAGAGAACUUUUCCACCGUUGGACUGUUGCGUUACUCCACUCAGUGGCCUUGUCUUAGAAAAAAAUAAUUUCCUUAAUAUUGUCAUAACUGUAAAAGCCAAAUCAGAUCGUCUGGUUCAAUUGAUGUAAAACAACCAAAGAUGUAACGUUUUUGCUUUUUGAUCACGUAUUUAUGAGCCGUUAAAAUUGAAAUGAAUAUAUGUGGAACUUUUUGUUAUAGGUCACGCAGUCAUUAUCGAAAAUAUAUAUCCUUGUUUGUAGUGAAUUGUUUUUGCAAUUCAAAUUUUGUUGGGACAUUUUUAUACUCUGCUGGGGAGUUUUGCACUUAAUGAGUGAUUUUCAACAAAGUUUAACCUUGAAUGUUGUUGCAUAUCACCUCCAAUAAAUGAUAGACAUUUGAAUUGUAUGACUAAAAUGUUAAGUCUAUCGGCUACAAUGUGAAUAAAGGAAUUGCUUUGAUACGG